AUUAUAAAAACGUAUUAGGUGCCGAGAUAGGUAAUCAGAAUUCACAAGCAGCCAUGGAAGCCAGCCUAGGGGGGUCUCUGCUGGUGCCUAGCGUUCAAGAGCUCGCAAAACAGCAUCUCAGCACCGUUCCAGACCGGUAUGUUCGGCCCGAUCAAGACCCUCCAAUACUCAUAUCCGAUCCCUCUUCUUUACCACAAGCGCCGAUCAUCAGUUUUCAGAGCUUGCUUUCUCCAGAAAUGGCGGAUUCCGAGCUGCAGAAGCUGCACUCUGCUUGCAAAGAUUGGGGUUUUUUUCAGUUGAUCGAUCAUGGAGUGAGCUCUGUGGUAGUGGAGGAACUGAAGUUAGAGAUACAAGAGUUCUUCAAACUGCCAAUGGAAGAGAGGAAGAAAUUUUGGCAAGAGCCAGGAGAUGUGGAAGGAUUUGGACAAGCGUUUGUGUUUUCAGAGGAGCAGAAGCUCGAUUGGGCCGAUUUGUUUUACGUGCUCACUCUCCCAGCUCGUAUGAGAAAGCCCCAUCUAUUACCCAACCUGCCUCUUCCACUCAGAAACACCAUGGAAGCAUACUCGGCGGAAUUGAAGAAGCUUAGCAGCGAGCUAUUCAGCCUCAUGGCAAAAGCACUAGGAAUGAAAGAGGAAGAAAUAGUGAAGGUAUUUGAGGAUGGGAUGCAAUCAAUAAGGAUCAACUGCUAUCCGCCAUGUCCAGAACCAGACAAAGUUAUUGGGCUGAACCCCCACUCUGAUGUGACUGGCAUCACCAUCCUCCUCCAAGCCACCGAUGUGGAAGGGUUGCAGAUAAAGAAAGAUGGCAAAUGGGUACCCAUCAAACCCCUGCCUAAUGCUUUUAUUGUCAACAUUGGAGACAGCUUAGAGAUCUUAAGUAAUGGAAAAUAUCAGAGCAUUGAGCAUCGCGCAGUUGUUAACUCGGAGAAAGAGAGGUUUUCUGUAGCUACAUUUGUUAAUGCGAAUCUGGAUGAGGAAUUGGGUCCAGCGCCUAGCCUCGUCACCCCUCAAACUCCAGCACUGUUCCAAAGAGUGAAAGUAGUAGAUUUCUUCAAGGGAUAUUUGUCCCGUGAACUUCUUGGAAAGUCAUAUAUUGAUCUCAUGAGAAUUCAGAAGGAUGAACGGCAGAGCAGUUGAGGAAUUUUAAGUUAAUGGCUAUUAAUCGGUGUUUUAUUAUGAUAUCAAUAUUAUGACUUUAAAAGAUAUCAAUUGUAGUAUGAUGUUACGUGUCUGUGCCUGCAUGUGUUUAUGUAUUUAGUUUGUGGGGCAAGUGCCGUAUACUUCUAAUUUGCUUCUAUUUUUGGAAUAAAUUUCACUCGAAUUGCGUGUGAUUUUUGUCUU